AUGCCGCCGCGUAAAGUUCGUAAUAACGACUCCAGUUCGGACGAUGAACCUGUGUCGGUGACAGAGACACCUGUGGCUCCGGUGCUUAUGUCUGAAACUCAGUUAGCGUCGCUCCUGGCCGCCUUCUCUUCGGCGCAGGCCGAGGCGAACCGGAAGCUCAUCGAGUCACUACUGACAUCGCACUCAGGGACGCCGCCCAAUGUGAACUCCGGCGCUACACCGUCAUCUUAUUCUGGGAAUCUCGUCAAAUGCACCUCGCGCUUCGAUGCGAUGAGAUGGCACUUCGUGGACUCCCCAUCUUAUUACAUGGGCAAGCAGCAGUUUGGUGGCGUGGCAUCCGUCGUAAAGUCACGUCAUGGUCAGAGGCUGUCAAGCGCCUGGCGUUCGAUGUAUGGCAUACCACGGCCACCGUACAAACUGUACAGAGAUGUUUUCGCUGAUGAGCAAGGGUUGGAACGCACCGACGUUUUUAUCGUAAGAGUACGAUCUCUGUUGGCGAAACUAUCUUAUCAGUUACCAGAGGAAGCGAGACUGGAUAUGAUUUAUGGUCUACUUCACAAGAGAAUCAGGAAGCGGUUACCAAGAGACGCUGUGUGUGAUAUUGAAUCACUGAUAGAAAAAUCUCGCAGCAUAGAAGAAUCGAAUCAAAGAAUCGUUGUCGGAGAACUCCACGUCACCGUCGUCGUCGUGUUUACCUUCGAAGGCUCAACUCGCGCUCAGCGAGAGCGCGCAGCAACACGUCGCUCCACGGGAUCGAGUUCGACGCCGUCGCCGUCGCCGCCGGUUCGCGCUGCCCGCGCCCCGCGAGCGAAAUCGCCGCGUAGUGAUCAGUGUGUGAGCAAAAGUGAUAACAGUGAUAAGAAAUUGUUCUGCGUGUAUUGUAAGGGGCGAGGACACGUACGGGACUCAUGUGAUAACCUAAGUAAACGUUCUCUUUCUACUUACUCUGGCACUGUUUGCUAUAAUUGUGGUGAAAAAGGCCACGUUAGAGUUAAUUGUCCUAAAGGUAAACAAGGUAGUGCCGGAGAUAGUAACACAAAUGUUAAGAUAGAAAAUGUGUUUUCUUCAGUGUAUAUAGAUAGUAAGAUGUCAUGUUCGGAUUUUGUUAACGAUAAUAAUAAGCAGGGUCGGCCUAUCGUGCGCGUGUGUGUGGGGGGAUAUCAGGGUACCGCGUUGUUAGAUACCGCCGCGCGUCGUAGUAUUGCGAGUUAUUCACUUUAUUCCUUACUGAAACGUAUUGGUUCAGACUUUCGCGCCGAAACGAUGUCGUUGAAGCUUGCGGACGGUAUUGUUAGGAAUAGUGAUGUGCUACUGACGAUAGUUAAUGUUCAACUUGCUUCAUUAUCGAUACCUAUGGAAUUAAUUACUUUACCUGAGGCCGUUACCAACGAUACUCUGUUGGGCAUUGAUUUUAUUACUAAAGCUAAGAUGGUUAUCGAUUUUUCUAAUUGGACUUGGCGUACCAUGGAUCAGCCUCGGACACUUUACACCUUGUCAUGGGAAUCGGAACGUGCACCCAUUCAGUGUGCUUCAGUGAAUGUACUGAGGACGGAUGAGGGCGCUAUGUUAUCGGGGUCGGAAAGUUCGACGUUGGAGAAUCUUUUAGGUGAGUACUCCGAUACUUUUGAUAUAGUAGGAGAACCUACACCAUUUGCGGAAAACCACAUGGAUACCGGCGACCAUCCGCCUAUUGCUUUACUCCCGUAUCGCUUUACACCAGCCAAGAAGGAGAUCAUGCGCGCCGAGUUAGACAAGAUGUUAGCUGAGGACGUGAUCGAGGAGUGUGAAUCCGCCUGGGCAGCGCCGUGCGUCUUAGUACCGAAACGUAAUUGUGCCUAUAGGUUUUGUGUCGACUACCGAAAGUUGAACGCUGUUACUAAGACGGAUGCGUACCCCAUGCCACGUAUUGACGAGCUCUUACAGUCGACCAAGAAGGGUUGUGUAAUGAAUUCUCUAGAUCUUCGCAGUGGUUGUUGGCAGGACCUGGAGUCCCAUAUAGCAGAUUUGCGUGCGGUAUUCGAGCGUCACAAGCUUCGAGCAAACCGAGAGAAGUGUGUGUUUGCCAGAGACCGGCUCAAGUACCUUGGCCACGUGAUCUCUCAUGAUGGUAUAUCUCCAGACGAAGAGAAGGAUGGUCCUUAUGUAGUCUCCAAGAAGGCGAGUCCCACUACAUAUGCUCUUACAUCACAGAAGACUCAUGAAGUUGUUGGUAAUUAUCACAUGUCGGAUCUGCGUAGAUACCAUGACAGAGUUGGUGAGUGUCCGGAGCCUGUUGUUCCGAAGCGCCGCAGAGGUCGCCCGCGGAAAGUCCAACCGUAG